AAUUGUAUCAUUUCAUCCUUACUCGUUCAAACGUUAACACAAGCGUUUCGGCCAACCAACCCAAAAAAAAGAAAGCUAGCGACGGUGUGUUUAUCGUGUUUACGACGAACGGUUACGAAUCAGAGAAAGUGUCGUGUGGUGUGCAAAUUUAACGAAUCAAAAUAAGGACUAUAACGAAAACGUUUGCUUAAAACCCAAACAAAAAACAUUACGCAUACAAAAGAAAAUAGAAAAGAGAAAUACGCACGAAUUCUAACCAAACAAAAAGAAAAUGGCUCACAAAUUUGUUACAAUCAGUGUUGUGUGUUUAAUCUCACUGGCAGCAGCCCUACCCGCAGAAGAGACCCGAGGCCAUGCCCGUAAUGCUGUGGGCUCCGAUAACGAUAUCGUGGAUAGUAUUUACAAUGAUUGUCUGCGCAAGGAUUCCGUGUCAUGUGUAAAGUAUAAGCUGUUCAACUUUGUGGACAAAGUGCUGGGAGCUCGCGAUCAAUUCGCUUUGACCGAAGGUGUUACCGUUGUACGUUCUCCUGAUGCUCCCGCCCAAGAUGCUGCUGCCCGUUCCAUUUCUGGUAACGAGUCUUUCGAAUCAUUGGCCAUGAACCGCAUUACCAGCUUCUUGAACACCCACACCAUCAAGGUUGAGUUGAAUGGUGCCGAUAUUGUCAAUGCUGUCAGCUCCACCGGCCGUGCCUUGGAAGAUGUUAGCGAAUCUUUGUUCGGCUCUGAUGACCCCAAUGCUCCCGAAGAAAGCCGUGGCAAGAAGAAGAAGGCCGCCAAAAUCUUGGGCCCCAUUGUUGCCUUGAUCGCCCUGAAGGCUGCCGCUCUCUUGCCUUUGUUGUUGGGUGCCAUUGCCUUGAUUGCCGGUAAGGCCUUGUUGAUCGGUAAAAUCGCCUUGGUUCUCUCUGCCGUUAUUGGUCUCAAGAAAUUGUUGUCUCAAGAAAAGCACGUCACCUAUGAAGUUGUUGCCCAUCCCCAUCACAGUGCCAGUCACUCCGUCAGCCAUGACUCCUAUGGCAGUGGUUACAGUGCUGAUGUUGGUUCAUCUGGCUCAUAUGGCAGCUCUGGCCAUGGUGGUUGGGGCCGUUCCUUGGAUGCCCAAGAUUUGGCCUACAAUGCCCAAAAACCCAAGGCCUAAGCGCAGUAGACACCAGUCAUCAGAAUUUAAGAAAAUUGUCACAACGCUAAGCAACCCAACGACAAAUCUAAAAAUGAUAACGAACUUUGUGUAAUGCAAAGUACUGACCAGGAACAGGACGACUACAAUGACCUACGAUGACGUGACGUGACGCGACACGAGAGAAGAGAAAGUUUUCCCCGCCAAUUGAAUUAGCCAGCAGUGAUACGAGCAGGGUAAAGAGCGUAAGUUAUAACAUUGAGCUUAGAUGUCGUUUUCUUUUAAGAGUCUUUGUUGUAAUGUGACUUUUCACUUUUUUAUCCUUGCAUUGCUGCUGGCGGAUGAUUUGAAUGGUGAGGGGGAACUCAAAUCAAACUCCUCAGACCAUAAGAAACUAGACUUUUUUACAUACUUUACGCAACUUAAGUUUAAACUACAAACGAACAAAACAAAAGAGAAAAUGUUUUUUUAUCUAUUUUGUCAAAUAUUUGUUAAUUUAUUGUAUUUAUUUAAUUUAUUUUAUUUAUUUGUAAUAAUAAUAAUUCACCUCCAAGCCACAUAUAUAUCACAUAACCGCAUGCCUACUACAAUGAGAUCUAAUAGAUCUCCAAAAAAUAUCACAAAAAAAAAUAAGACAAGAAAAUAGUACUGAAGAUGAUGUUAAUGAUGAUGACAAAGAAGCCAAGAUGUAGAGAAGCCACCAACACCACCCAUCAAGCGAUCGAUAAUAGUCGAUACGUAUUGAAUCACUUCAAGUAGAGAAAAUUGCAAAACAAAAAAAAGACAACACGAAGCAGUGUAAGUGUGUGCACUUUGUAUUCACUAUCUCUCUGUCUCUUUAUAAUAUUUAUAUAAGAGUUUUUAUAUAUUACAUAAUAUUAUGUAUAACUUAAUAUGUGAAAACUUGAGCAUUGUUUUGUAAAAGACGGUACUAAGACGAAAUAAUGCAGCAUUUAUGAAAAAUCAAAAAAAAAAUCUACAAAUACUCAAUUCAAUUAGAAAAGAGCUAAACACAAAAUAGAAAACUGAUUAGAGAAUGGCCUUGCUGAAAUGAGUUUUUUCUCCUUGCCUCUUAAGGUAAAGGAAAAAUUCAUUGACUUUUCACUUUUCAUUUCUUUGCUAUACUUUCUCUUUUAACUUUACUUUCACUUUCUCUUUCGAUUUCACUAACUAUCUCCAUCACUAUCUACAGUUUUUCUCUCUAUCUCUUAAUAUUUCUCCACUGUUUUCUCUUUUGAUUUUUCUCUUUUCUACUAUUUCUCUAUCUCUCUCUGCAUUACUUUUCUUUAUUUACUUUUCAAACUAAAUUCUUGCCUCUUUAGCUUUUAACUUUAUAUCUCUCACUAUCUUCCAACUUCGUCUUUUUUCCUAAGUCUUUCUUCAUUCUUAUUUCUUUGUCUUAUUCUUUUCUUUUUACAUUUUUCUACUAUUUCUUUCAUAUUUUCCAUCACUAUCUAGUCUUUCUAUAUUUCUAUUUUCCAUCUCUCUUCUAAACUAUCUUAUUUUUGUAAUUAUCUCUUAUUUUAAAUCUAGUCUUAUUAAAUAAAACAAUAUUUGUUUAUUUUUUAUAAUUUUCCAUAGCUUUAUUAUCAAUUUCCAACUUUUCUUAUAUUCAAAUCUAUAUCUUUAACUUUCUCACUCUAUGACUUUCUUUUUUUUCUCUCUUCUAUCUCUUUCAAUUACUCUUGUUUACUGUCUUUAACUCAUUUUCAUAUCUUUUAACUUCAUUUCCAUCUCUUUUCAUAUCUUGUAUUAUUUUUUAUAGUUUUGUUUAUUCUCUCUUUAAACAAAACGCCAUAACUUGCCAUAGUUUCUCAGCUUCAUAAAAACCAAAUUACUCUCUAAGCUUCUACUUCAGAAUCCAACAAAACCUAGAUCAUUUUUAAAUGUCUACAGGAAAACCAUGCCGUUUUCUCUUUCUGGACUCUGCUAUACUCAUGAGCUAAAUCUAUCUUUUUUUAAUACUCUUUACAAUACUCUUAUUUUUUCAUAACUCUUGCCUACCUAUCACUUGCAUUCAAAUUCUCAUUUUGUUCUUUUUUCUCUCUCUCUCGCUCUCUUUAAAUCUCAUUCUCAUCUCCAUGACUUUCUUUCAAGUUCUCACUAUAUUUCUCUUCAUAACUUUUCUUGUAUCACUCUCAUUCUUUGCAACUUACCUCGAACUGUUCUCAGCUCUGUAUUUUUCCUUCUCUUUUCUUUUACAACUGAUCAAUAGCCGCUCAAACCUAAAACACACAAAGACAAAAAAGUAAAUAAAAAAGCACAUUUUAAUCAAAACAAAAGAAAAACAUAAAAGUUGUAACAAUAUUUGUUUUAAAAUAGUUGUAAUAAUUUAUUAAUUAUUAUUUAUUUGUGUAAUAGUUUAUAGUUCUACAAAUACAACCACAACGAGAAAAACAACACACGCACACAUGCAUAAUAUUAUUUAUUGAAUAAAAAAAAAACAAGAAAUACACUUCUUCUAACAAUAACAUAUCAUAAACUAAGUUAUCAAUUUGUCAUAAAAUUGCAUUUCAUUUUAAUAUGAAAAAAUCAUUACAAAAAAAAAUCACAAAAAACGAAUAAAGUAAUUUAUUGUAAAAAACA